CAAUAUAAUAGCUUGAUUUUCAAAAACAUACACACAUUUUUUAAUCAUAAAUGUUGCUUGUAAUACAAAUACUCUUAGAAAUGUAAUACUGGGCAGUAUUAACUCUCUAUCUGUACACUUAUUUUCACUAACGGGGUCUGUACACUAGCCCCUUUUUGUCCUGUCCCUUUUUUUAAAUGUUAAAUACAAGCUAAAAAUCUGAAAAAAUUCCUAAUUACUUUUGAGUGACUACAUUUUAAAUUUUAAUAAUUAUUUUGAUUAUUUAUUAAAGGGGAGCCAAGCUCCGUCUAUCACCAGUCUUGUGGUUACACAAGUGAAAAAUUUCACUUGUUUCCUUUUGGGGUCAGUGUACAGACGGAGAGUUAAAUUGACCAAAAAUUAUUACUUAUUUUGAACAUUAAAAGUACUAACAACAGCGCUUUUAAUACUUAAAAUAUGUAUUAAAAAUUUAUAAAUAUUUUUACUUUUUCCCUAACAAAAAUUAAUCCAUAUGUUAAUCCACAUCCAUAUUUGUGUAUAUGUAAAAAUCCAUAAAAUGUAAAUUUAUUCUAACAAGUUGGUGUAAUGUUAAUGAAAUGAGUUGAGACGAAUAUUUUUAUGUUAUUGGUAAAUUAAUAAAUGGUAGGUAAUUAAUCUGCGUAAAAUAUUAUUAUCUUACAAUUUAACAUCAUCAUAAUCUUAUUAGGAUGUUAAUAUGCUGUGAGGGUAGUUUUUAAAAUUAGAACUUGCUUUAAACAUAUUCAACAUGUUACAAUUCAGUAUGUUACAGGCAAGUGUAACAGCAAAUUCAUUGAAUAGAUUACUAAAUUUCAAUUAUGACGUUGAAAUUCAUGAAAUCAUUUUACAAUUUUCUUUACGAGUAACUUAUACGCCACUUAAAUUCUGCGGAAUUGGUUUGUUUCAAUUUGGUUUCAAAUUUCUUCACAAGUUUAUCAUGUCCAUUGUAACCGUUUUAGUUAUAAUAUUACAAGCGCACCCAAAUAAAUAAACAUUCCUACGAAGUUAUAACAAAACAAAUAUUUUAAAAAUUAAUUUAUAUAAAAAUCUACAUUUGUUUAAUGUUUAAUUUAAUAAAACACAUUAUACAAUAUCUUCUCGAUUUUGUUUUCAUGUACCCUUAAAUAUUAAUAUUAAGAAAGAGAAUUAAUGGUUGAAGAAAUUAUAAAGAACUUUCUAUGUAAUAUAAAAAAUAAAAAAUAAAUACUCUUUCGUAUUGCUUUAGAUGAAAUAUACAUAGUAUAUUGACAUGACGCGUAAAAGUUCUAUCUGUAACAAAUAAGCAUGUACACAGAUACGACGCGUGUUCAUCUCAACUCAGAUUUUAGUUUCAAGACGAAUUCAACUUAAAACAAAUUCAGAAAGAUUUCGUGAAUUUCUGUGAUCUCCACUAUUAUAAUUUGAACGGAUGCGAUCUUGCUCGAGAAUUUACACCGCUCACUCGCGCAAAGAUAGUCGACUCAGUACGAAGCUCAUCUGUCCGACCGAUCUUAAAUUUUGUUAAAAUAAAUUUCGAGAUAAUUACAAGUAAAACAACUUGAUUAUUUUCCUGUUCCGUGGUCAGCAAUUGCUCUCAACAUAAGUAACCUGAGAUCAGUGCCUCUCAUCGCGUCAACCGUGAAGCAAUUACCCGGGACUUACACGCGAAAAAAGAAACAAAUACUUUUUAUUAUUAUAUCGAUAAAGUUGACCUAUACGGUCUGCAAAAGAUCUUAGUGCUGAAUAUAAUUUUUCUAUUAAUUUUAUAUUCUCAGCUCAUAUAAAUUGCGCGUUGACAAUUUCAUGCUUUUUCAGAUAAGAGGGAAUUUUAAGAUGCUUCUGAGCAUCAAUAUUUAUGUACUUUUUUAUAAAUUUGAAAAUCUUUUUUCAGAAUUAAACUACGCGUAUUAAUAUCUAUAAAUUAAACUUCAUACAGAGAAUUUAAAAAAUUUUUUUAGAUUGCUCUUCUUAUCAUCUUGUAUCAUCUUUGGAUUUACUAAUAACAUCUGUUCAAUCACUAAUUCUUUUUUUUUUACUUUUAAUCAUAACUUGACAAAUAUAGUCUUAUUCCUCAAUCUAUUCCCAUGCCGGGGAUACAAUUCAUUUGUAUAUAUACAUAACUUGUAUAUGAAACAAAUAUUUUCAUAGACAAAUAUAAUUUUAAAAGUUUUUUGUAUUUUUGGUGUUGAUCUAAUUAUCCCCGGCUCUAUUUGUGAACGUAUUUUAAACAUGUAAAAGGAUUUUCAAUUCUGUAAAUUUAAUUCAAGAAUUAAUAAUUGAACAGAAUAGUGGGUAAAACAGACUACAUUUUAGGAUCCCCUUAAAUGUAAAAAACAAAACAUAAAA